CAAAGGUGGAGCAGAAGUGCAUUCUGUUUACUUUUAGUUUAAUCUCAUUUUAAACAGACUAUGUGUUAAAAUAGAAACUUCGGCGCUUCAUUUCUUAAAGUGCAGGAUUUUAAAACUGUUUUACAUGCAUUCAGAUUAUUAUUUUCAUUAUCAGUUGGAAUUCUAAUCACCAAAGGGCUUGUUGCCAUGAAUACUGUUUUUAAAACAUGGGGAAAUAAAUUUGUGGUUUUGAAACUUCAACAGGCUUGGAAAAAGUCAUACGAAGCACAUAACAUUCUAAAAUACUCAAACCGGUGUAGUUUUUUCUUUAUUAAUGCUUCACAUUCUUCAUUAUCUAGCCAGAUUUCCGGAACUCGUUACAAGAUAUUGAAAAACUUUCCUCUUUUUGUGCUUGGUAAACAGCAUUUAAGGUUACUGAAUAUAUCAAAGAACCGGUGCUGGAAAUGUAACGCAGUUGUGAUCGAGCGCGACUUAGUGUGCAUGUCCUGUGGGUGUGUCCAAGAACCUCGGCAAAAUCUUAACCAUUUCGAACUAUUUAAAGAGACCCCUCAUUUUGACAUUGAUGUGAGGAAUUUAACUGUAAAAUUUAGGCGUCUCCAGACCUUGCUACAUCCAGACAAAAUAGCGAACCGAUCUGAAACUGAAAAACAAUACUCUGCAGAACAGUCAGCAAAAGUUAACAGGGCAUAUCAAACACUUCUCCAUCCAAUGGACAGGGGCUUGUAUCUGCUAGAACUACAUGGAAAACCACUGUGUGAAGAAGAAAUUCAACUUCCAUCGGACUUUCUCUCUGACAUCAUGGAAGUGAACGAAACUUUACAAGACUGUAAAAAUGCAGACACUCUAGAAUCUAUUCGGCAUGUUAACGAGGCAAAAUUACAGAUACUUUUUUCUGACGUUUCUUUGUCUUUUAAGGAAAAGAAUAUCACUCGAGCAAGAGAAUCGCUAAGCAAACUGAGGUAUUUCGUAAAAAUAGAUGAAUUAAUUAGGAAAAAAGAAGAUGAACUUGGAAUAAGUAGGGACGAUUAGUUCUUUGUUUUUUCUAAUUCUAAUAGUAUCCAUUAAAGAUGACUCAUUUUAUCUAAAAAUAAAAGAAUAACUAUAAAGUAGCUUAACAAGAAACUUAAAUAUACUAAGCUGAUCGAGGUCGAAUUUCUUAAUAAAAAGUAACUGCUCUUAUGUGAACUGCCAUAUUUAUAAUAGUUUGAAAGUUAUGUUGAAAAUUUUAUUUAUAUACUAUGCAAUAAUCUAUGCUGUGAUAUAUGAAAUUAUAUUUGAUUAGAUACAUUUAUUAUAUGUAAUCUCUGCUUGUAAUAUUUUAAGCUGAAUAAAUGC